CCUCCACGAGGGAUCACACAGGCCCAGGUCUCUUCUCUAGUCUCUAUUCAUCCCGAGACAUCGUCCACGCGUCCGUCCUUCCGUUCGUCCGUCCAUUUCCUCCUCUCCCCAGGAACUAGCCCAACAAAACAAAACAGAACGAACGAAACGAAACGAUUACUCCAUCAUCCAUUUGCACCGAACACGAACAUACAGCCAAGAAGCUCCAGCAUCCAGCACUCCAGCGACGACUCAGCGAGAGCCAUGUCGAACGGCGACAUGGAGGCCGGGGCCCCGGCGAGGGCGGCGACGACGACGGGGAUCAAGCCGCCGCCCGGGAGGUACAACGCGGACGGGCACGGGCCGCAGUACGCCGCGGCGGGGGCGCCGGUGUCGCCGUUCUACUACGCGGCGGCGGCGGCGCAGGAGAAGCAGCACCGGACGUGGCUUGUCCCGCUGGUGGUGCUCGCCAACGUGGCCAUGUUCAUCGUGGUGAUGUACUACAACGACUGCCCGCGCAGCGGCAACGGCGACUGCGUGGGCCGCGGCGUCCUCCGCCGCUUCUCCUUCCAGCCGCUCAAGGAGAACCCCCUCUUCGGCCCCUCCGCCACCACGCUGGGGAAAUACGGUGGGCUUGACAGGUACAAGGUGGUGCGCGGGAACGAGGCGUGGCGGCUGGAGACGAGCACGUGGCUGCACGCCGGCCUCAUCCACCUCGGCGCCAACAUGAUCAGCCUCAUCUUCGUCGGCGUCCGCCUCGAGCAGCAGUUCGGAUUCUGGAAGGUCGGCCUGGUGUACCUCGUGUCGGGGCUCGGCGGGAGCAUCCUAUCCGUGCUCUUCAUCAGGAACGGCGUCUCCGUCGGCGCCUCAGGCGCGCUCUUCGGCCUCCUCGGCGCCAUGCUCUCGGAGCUCAUCACCAACUGGUCCAUCUACACCAACAGGAUAGCGGCCAUGGCGAACCUGAUCAUCAUCGCCGCCAUCAACCUGGCGCUGGGGAUACUGCCCCACGUCGACAACUUCGCGCACAUCGGAGGCUUCGCCACGGGUUUCCUCCUCGGAUUCGUGCUGCUGAUCCAGCCCCGGUUCGGGUGGCUGGAGCAGCCCUUCGGUGCCAAGUCCAAAUCCAAGUACACGGCUUGCCAGAUCAUCCUCCUGGUUGUCGCCCUCAUCUUAUCGAUUGCAGGGUUUGCUGUUGGAUUGCUCAUGGUGUUCCGCGGAGUGAACGGCAACGAUCAUUGCAGCUGGUGCCACUACCUUACCUGCGUGCCGACGUCGAGCUGGAAGUGUGACAACUAGAAAGACGAGAUCAAGCAUGCCAGCCUGUGGAGAGAACGUGCUGGCCAUCGAGAUAAUUGCUUCAGUUUGGUUUCUUCUUCUUCUUCUUUUUUUCUUUUUUUUUGCAUAAUAUGCUUCUGUUGUAUAGAACUUUGUCGAAGAUGCGCUGAUUAGUGCUUCUGCUUGUAUAUGUUAAAACUCUGUAAAACACUCUGCUGUGGACAAAUGUGUUUAUUGGUUGACUUUACUCUGUUCCAGUUC